UAUGCAGAAAUAUCCAGAACAUUUUGUAUCAAACAAAAAUGAUACGAAAACACGCAAAUUUUCAAGAUGGCGGCUGUUGCAGUUACCAAACCGCCGGGUGUCACGGAAGACGAUGAAGAAUGGCUAUAUGGAGACACAGGUGGAAGCAAGGAACCUGCUGCACCAGGAACAGGACCUGAAGAGGCAUUGCCACCACCUACAGAUGGAACUGAGAAUACUGAGAACAAUGAGCCACAAGCUGGCAAUGAUGAUGAUGAUGAUUCAGAUGAUGAAGACAAUGUACAGGUCACUAUAGGUGAUAUCACAGCAUUUCCUGUAGCUAGCACAGGAAGUAAUCUUUUCAAGCCAGGUGGGACCUACCAGAAACAGCCAGUUACUGCUGGUUCAUCACAGAAAGGAGCAGUAGGGACACAGGCAACAAAAGGGGUUGAUGUGGAUGGGGAAGGCACCGUAAAUGGGAUACCACUAUAUGAGUUCAGCCUAGAUACACUGAGAGACGAGGACAAACCAUGGAGAAAACCAGGUGCUGAUAUCACAGACUAUUUUAAUUAUGGUUUUAACGAGGACACCUGGAGGAAAUAUUGUCAGAAACAGAAUAAAAUACGAGGGGAGAAUGGUGUCACCAUUCCUAAAGCAUUUGGUAAUGUUGGGUUUGGAACAACAAUCAAAGUGGAAUCAUCAGACUCUCAUUCUGCUCCAGUCCAUCAUUUUACAAAAAGCUACACACCCGCUGUACAGCAGCCUACGGCUAUUGCGGUACUUGGUUCAACCACAGCUUCACGACGGCCAAUAGAAGAAACAAUGGAUGACGUUCAACAGAUAGGAACUCUUAACUCUGACGCAAAUAAAUCAAGUGUACCUCCAGGAAUGCCACCUGUAGGUAUGCCUCCCCCAGACUACAGUGUUCCACCUCCAGGGAUGCCACCAAUGCCACCAGGAUUUAGUCCAGCUGUGCCGCCUCCAGGAAUGAAUGUACCUCCUCCAAAUAUAUAUGGUCAUCCUCCUCCUGUCCCUCCUCCAUUUUUCCCUCCUCAUCAUGUACCACACCCGAACUCAACACAAUAUCCAGAUCGGUCAACUUAUAGUAAUUAUGAUACACCAGGCUCUAGUUAUUCCGAUCCUAAAUCAGGCUGGGACAGAGACAGAGAUCGUGAUUCAUAUAGAGAAAGAGACCGUGAAAGGGAUAGAGAUAGUGAUGGAAGUGAUGAUUACAGAUAUUCUAGAUCUUCUAAAGACUAUACCAGGGAGUAUGAAAGCAGGGAUUACUACAGGAGUAGGGAAACAGAGAGGUCAAGGUCAGAUAGAGACAGAUCAAGGUCACGGGAACGUGACAGAAGACAUAGAGACAGAGAUAGGGAUAGAGAUGAUAAAAAAUCUAAAAGGAAAGUUAAAGACGAACCAGAUGAUUCCGAUUACUACAAAUCAUCGUCGUCAUCGAAACACAAGAAAUCUAAACGCUCCAAGCGAGAUAAAGAUGACGAGUCAGACAAACAGACGGACGACGGGACGUGAUGUUUACCUACAUGCAAAAAAUUGUGUUCUUAAUAUAAUGAAUAGUUUGAAAACUUCAUCAGUAAGUGUUUGUGACGGAACAUGCUUGACAUUGCUGGAGGAAUUUUUUUUUUAUAAAUCUCGGCAUAAGUUAAAAUAGU